AUGGUACUUGCAGCUUCCUCAUCGCCCAUUGCUAUCAACGAUACUGCAUCAUCUGCUCUCUCUUUUGUUCAGCAGCUUCAGCCGCUAAAGCACCAGAAGGAUAAGCUCGAAUUGGAAUUGAAAGUACUAACUCUAAGCACGCCAGGAAUGCCCUCCCCCCUCGACAAUAAGACGCUUGCACAUCCCACUCAGCCUUCACACGACAAGCGUAACAUCCAUUGGCCACAGGAUUUUGUUCCUUCUAUUCAAGGUGAAUACAAUAAGAUACAACUGCCUGAAAUUGUUGGGAGUUUUUUUAUCAUGAUAAAAUACUACAAUAAGGCGUCAAAGGACGCAAUGCUAGCUCAUCUCGAGUUACUCACAAUCAAAGCAAUUAGCUAUUUGUGGGUUAGUGUUCGAGCUUUUCACAAAUUUAUCGCGAACAUGUUGAGUGGUGUCAUUUGGAUUGGCAAGAUUUUAAGUCUAUUCAGGAUCAGGCCACCACUCUUUUCCACCAUCCACACGCGGUUACACCCUCUGUUGCCAAGGCUUGUUGACCUGUUUGUGCUCAGCAAGAUGCUGAUGCUUUUAAGGAACAUCAUCGACGCAGAGUGUGCAAGGCUGAUCAUCCUAUGCUACACUGCGCUAAACGUCAUACACCGAUUCCCUUGCAAUGACAGCUACUUGACAACGCCCCUCACUCUGCGACCUCUUGACCCAGAACGGACACAGACACAAAUCUUUCAACACUUCAGCUGUUGUACGACGUUUAAUUGCUUCUUGCCAUAACCAACCAAAUGCCUUCGGUGCUAAGCUUUUAGUUGCUACAUCGCUCUUGCUCACGAACUGGAGAACAUUACUCUCAAAUUAUUCCGAUACGAUUGUGGUUGAUUUUCUCCCUUAUGGUUGGCCUAUCAAUUACACCACAUCUACACUUCCUGCUUCAUCAUUACAUAAUCAUCCUUCUGCUUCGCUCUUCUCACGUGCAAGCCUAUGUUCACACUGAGUUAGCCUGGAAUGCCAUAGCCAGACCCCUCGAGUAUCUUCCCUUUUUCGAUGACUUUGUUUGCUCUCCUCUUCAAACGGUUCCCAAACGAGGUUCACCAACGUGACGGGUAGUCAUGGACCUGAGUUUCCUUCAGGCUGCUCCAUCAAUGACGGUAUUCCUCAAAAUACUUAUUUGGGCGAAUAUUUUAAGUUACAAUUACUCCAGAUUGAUUGGCUUGUCGAAUUCACCCUUAAGAAAGGUCGCAACUGUCAGUUUCCCAUUGAUCCGAAGGAUUACCAUUGACUCGGUUGUCAUUAUCAGGGCAAAUUUUAUUUUGUCACUCGUCCUUUCAGUUUACAUUCGUCAGCAAUGAUUUUCCAAUGCACAACAAAGGCGGUUGUCCAUAUCUUCCCCAAGCAGGGGUUCUUAGCAGAUGUUUAUCUUGAUGACUUUCAUGGCGCCACAUAUCCCUUUCUUGCUGCUUCGGCAUUUUCUCAACUCAGCCAGUUAUUUCAUCAACUUGGUUCGGAUUCUGCUCCUCACAGGGAUUCAUCACCUUCGACCUCUAUGAUUUGUCCCACAGUCGCCUUCCCUCUCGAGGUUCCUACUAUAAAAAUUGAGAGCCUU